AUGACGCAAACUAAAUCUCACAAAUCACCAAAGGGUGCUAUCAAAGAUAGCCGUUCUCUCAACAUUAUGAAGCACUUGGACCCCAAGUCUGCGAGCUCGUCGUCACGGCGGUCCAGCAAAUCCCUCCCUCUCAGCUCCUUUACUACUGACCGUAAACGAAGAGCUUCGAGCUCGUCGAUCUCCAGCGUUUCCUCGGUUUCAUCUAUCGAGGCCCUCAGUGACGAUGCCAAUGAAUCAGAAGAGGACGCAGAUGAUGAAAAGGAACAGCCAGCUGCUCGCUGCCCGUCUUACGGUAGACGUGACAAGGGCCGUAAGUCGGGCAUGAAGUCUACAGGCCGGAAAAGGGUGAGGCUCUCCGACGGUCAUGGUUAUGACGGUCAAAGAAGCAGCGAUGAAAGUGAUUCAUAUGAGAGCUCGGACGAUGUAUACGCUGCCGUGGACGAUAUAAGCGACGGAGACGAUGAAGAUCAGGAUGUUGAAAUAUUGGAAGAGCUACUUAUUGUCGAGUCAGAGGACGAGCACGACGUCGACGACGUCUUCAGGACUUCGACUGUGUCUGAGCUCGAGUUGGCCGGUGCCAACACUUUUGAAGAUCAUAUGCUGCUGUCCGCUGCCUCGUUCUUCGACGAGGAUCAGCUCUACAGUGCUAUGGAAACCUUUGGCGAGACUGACUUCGCCAGCGAGGCGGCUGCGGAGACGCCCAUGCCUAGGCGUGUCCAUUUUGAAGAGGAUUCCGAUUCCUCGUCGGAUAGCGACUCGCAUACAGAGGAUGAGAUCCCGAGUGAUUUCUUGCAACAGGACAGUCUCGAUCCUCAACUACGUCGCAUGAUUGAGAACGACAACGAGCACGACAGCAGCCGCCGUCGCCAGUCCGAUGAGUUGUUCGCUGAGUCGGACUAUGGCCAUUCGAACAUUUACCACGUCGAGUCCGACGCCGUUUCCGAGGGAUCCGAGUCGAGUGGCUAUGAGUCCGAUGAUGGCGAGACCACAGAUGAAGACCUUCCACCACCGGCAACAAUCACUCACCCCAACAAAAGCCAACCCCCUACUCGUCGGCGCGGUCCAAUCUUGGGUACUUUUGUUGCAGACCCCCACAAACCGGUGGCCUUGGUCGACUGCACUGGGAAACAUCUUGUGAUCAUUCCAGCCUAUGCCUCGUCCCGCCAUGACUGGCUUGAGUCUGCCACCAACAGCAUUUGCGGCACUGCCAACAAUAGCCCACGUGCCACUACUAUGCACCUGAUCGACGAGAGCGACACGGAUGCUCUGGCCUCGCCGAACCGUCUCGACCUGAGUCCGAUGUUGGCUUCGAGUGCUAAUCUGAUGAUGACGGCCCUUGGAAACGACAUUGCCCGGGCAUUUUACCCCUCUCGUGAUUUUGCUAUUGAUAGUUCCUUUGAGGAUGACGACGACGACGAUGAUGAUCCGGAAGCCGCCUUGAAUGUCGAGGAUUUCAUCGACUUUGGAGACGGCUCCUCAGACGAGGAGAUGGGCAAGGCAUCUGACGAAGAUGCGAUUGCUUCGCCAAUGGCCACUGCAUCCAUGACAGUCGUAUCCGGUACUCCUACCCCUAACCGUGGAGGUGAUGUACAACAAAACAACAGUGCUGAACGCUUCCUGAACCAUCUGGACCGUGGCAUUGUGACGGCCUUCCGUCGCAACCACAACAGAUAUCAGGCUCUCUUACGGUUGCCCCAGCACCGAGAAUUCAUGCCUGCCAAUUCGCCGUCCCGGCCUGCUAGCGUCUUCCGUCAUGCCAGACAUGCAGACCAGCGCACUCCUACUCGGAAACGCAAGGCUAGCGGAUAUGCCGGCGGCGAGGCUGUGCGACGGAAGCUCAUGGAUGCCCACCGGCGCACUCAGAUUCCUUUUUAG